GAACAUGAAUUAGACAGUAGUCAUAGAGUUAGAAACUCCGUCCCGUCCGUGAAAAAUAUUUCUCUAUAAUGCUGGCAUUGCGGAAUGCAUAUUUAUUCGCUAUUCUUUGAAAUAUCGAUAACUUACCACACAAUUAUUGUCACACACUGCACGCGACCGUUAUACGGCUGGCUCCCUUUGAAGCAGAGACUCUAGUACAGAGUGGUUACCCAAUGGUUCAGUUUGCCCAUUCGCUUUAGGCAGGCGCCGAAAGUUGAAACUAACGCAGAAUGUUCCGUUAACGAUAUCCUAGUGAACACCAAUUUUUAAAACUUGCCUUUUAAGAUGUCUCUCUUCAGAAAAUUCACCGACACGAUUAAUUAUCAGUGUUAAUUAUACCUCAAGAUAACUUUGUUAAGAUAUCUCUACAAGUUGUCUUAAAAGUCAACCGAUCAAGACAACUGCUACGACGUCCCUGUGUUUCGCGAUGCGAAGCUAGCGCCAAACUGUCGACAUCGCCAGCAGGGCGAUCAUUUAUUCACCAAUCUCCAGUAAUUUGUACAUCCUUGAAUGGCCAUCGCGUGAGUCCAGUACCUUUGAGAAUCGAAUUUUUGCGAUUCAGUUUGAUUUGAUCAACGGUUGUAGGCAACUUCGUGAACUUGAUGUAUUAAAGAUUCGAGCACGUGUAUAGUGAACGCGAAUAAGGGGACACAGAGUAAAAACAAUAAAAAAACCUGCCUUCUAUUGCAAUCUCGCACGUGUAAAUUUAUCGUGUUUUAACCUAUAGCUUUCCCACGCGAUAAACAUUGCACUGACGGAGGGUAACGUCUACCUCAGAAUCAGUUACCGCGUAAUUCCGGAUCGUUUUUGAACGUUAUGAGCCCAUUAAAUAGGGGGCCAAUGCUCGGCCCUCGAAUGCCUCCGGUCGGGAUGCGUCCCAUGCCUCCUCCACGGUUCGGUGGCCGUCUACCGCCUCCUGGUAUGCCGCUCAGAAUGCCGCCGCAUCCGAUGUUCGGCCCCAUGAGGCAACGUAUGCCAUUACCUGGUCCCGGCAUGCCAAUGUUUGGCCCCAGGAUACGCGGCAUGCCACCGAUGAUGAUGGGGCCAAUGAUGGGUCCCAGGGGAAUGGGACCCUGUGGUCCACCUCCCAUGAGACCCACUUCUCGAGGCAUGCUGCCAUCCCAAGGUUUACCGCACAUGCGUGCCCGUCUACCGCUGUGCGGAAUUAACAUGAAGGGUAAAGGAAUGAAUAAUUCGAAAAAAGUCAGCAAACUUGAGGAAUUAGAAUUAAAGAAGCCAUGGAUGACUGAUGAGAUUCGUAGCGAAAUACAAAAGAAAAAUAAGCUAUACGCCAAAGCUAAAAAAAACAAAGACGCAAUGGAAUGGGAAGAGUUUAAAGAUUUGCGGAAUAAAGUUACAAGAAUGAUUCGCGACGCUAAAACGGAAUAUUUGGCCAAGAAUCCGGAACAGGCAACCCUCUACUCAGCUGACACAUCUGCUUAUGAUGAAAGAGAUGAAAAUUAUCAGAGCUCUGAAGAAGAACACGAGUAUUACUGUGAGGUAUGUGACAGGGAGUUCCCAUCAGAGGAAUCCCUUGCUCGGCACAUGGGGGAACAUCGAGUUUGUGGAAUAGACGAUUGUGUCUUUUCAGCGCAUCCAAAGCUCGUUGAAAAACACAUCAGCAUGCAACACACUACAGGCCUUUAUCAUAGAAUGAAGAAUCUAUCUACACCAGAAGAUAUCCAAAACUGGAUAGCAGAACGCAAACGGCGAUACCCAACAAAAGCAAACAUAAAACAUCUAGCAGCUGAAGCGUUGGAGAAACAAAAGCGGUAUGAAGUAAUUAGAGAGAAGAAAUCAAUAACAGAAAUCAAUAGAAUUCAUAAGAAUGAAACAAAGAAAGUUACAAGACGCAAAACUCGUAGACGACCACGUGCCUUACCUGUACCUGCAAAGGCUAUGGAAUCGCAGCUUUAUAGAGGCUUGCAAAUGUUUCCAGGCACUUUAAACUUACGGCAAUCGACGAGUGAUGAAGAGUAUUCUCUGAUUGAGGAUUCAGACAAUGAAGUGGACAUAAGAAGUACAGGGCACAUUUCUGGUGGUGAUGAAGUGGAUCUAACCAUGAACCUCGAGGCAAAUAAAAAUUUUUCGUUGAGUCUGGUAGCAGAUUAUGGCACAGAUUCUGACGAAGAUGAUGGACCUGAGGAAGUUCCUUUUAAAAAAAUAAAAGUUGAUACUAACAUUCCUGUAAGCGUUCCAGCCUUAACAAACCCAGAUGAUGACUGUCACAUUAAUGAUAAAUCUACAACGAGAAAUAAUGACAGCAGACAUAGGUUCGAACAUUUUGAAAAGACAAGGCAAAACAAUAACAAAUAUAAAAAUGAACGUAACAAUCAAAGGUUUCAUCAAAACAAAAAUCACACUGCACAAGGGAUAUUGAACACAAACAAAAAUCGAUUACUCAACAAGCUUUUGUCCCGAUCAAUACAACAUGAAAGAAACUUGAUUUGCCAAUGUAUAAAGUACAUUGUUGAUAAUAAUUAUUUUGAAUAGUUACAUUCUGCUAUCUAUGUUAUGAUAUUGUUAAUACGUAUUGGCGCAAUAAAGAAUUUGAAAAAGGUU